AUGGUUGAUGAACCAAAUGAAGGGGAUCCUUUUUACACUACUUAUAUAUUGUUUCGUGAGUAUUGGUUUCAAUGGGGACGCCUAAAUAACUACAUCAAUGUAAUGGGGUAUCAUCCUGAAUAUCUUGAAUGUUACAUGAAACUAAAGGAUCAUCUUUUUCGUGGUGACUUGCCAUUACCUUAUCCAGAUCGUUACUAUAUAGCCAUUAUUGUAAGUUUCAUUGUUUAA